AUGGAGUCGUUGCAUGCGCGUGUGGGCGCCACCGAGACGGACAUGCUGGCCAGCGUUGUGGCGCCGGCUCCCCUUACCCCGCCUCCGCUCUCGCCUCCCACAGCUCAAACGUUCCAGCUCCCAGCACCGUUGCUCCGUUGCGGGUACCUAAAUCGCUAUCGACCAUGGGCAAGGGUAUGGGAACGCACAUGGCACCGUCGCUAUUUUGUGCUGGCGGGCGACCUAUUGAUGGCGUGGGAGUCGGAGAGGGACACGGAGCAUCGCCCUGAGGAGGCCGUGCUGCUGCACUCGUGCGUCGUCGCGCUAGAGGGCGCCAAGCCCGACGGCUUCAGCGCCACCAAUUUCUUCAUCUUCCGCCUCGAGGACUCACAGGGCAACAUGCUGCUGCGAUUGAGCUCCAGAGACGAGGCAGAGGUUUACAACUGGAUGCUUGCCUUGCAGGCGGCAGGGUGCUGUGCGCCCACAUCGUCGUGCACUGCACCGCACGUGCAUCAGCACCACGCCACAGGCAUCACAAAGGGAAUGGCGGGGUCGAUGAGAGCGGAGGAGGCGGCAGGGGAGGCGUCAGAGGCGUCGGCGGGCGAGGUGACGAGCAGCAGCUCGUCCGUUGAGCGCGCUGACAGCUUCGCUGCCUCUCUGCGCCACGCCCCGCUGCAUGCCGCUUCUCAUGCCAGGGAGGGCGCAUGGCCGGGCGGGGUGGGCGCGGCGUGGGCGCAGCAGGGGGCGGCAGCCGGUGGUAGCCACAGUGAAGCGGCAGUGGUGCGCCGGAGGAAGGGCAGGGACGAGGGCGACAGCAGGAGCUCGUGCCAGCAUGAGCAUGGCCGUGCUGGGCAAGGGGAGGAGGGUGCGCAGCGAGUGAGGAAGGCUGGAGAGAGAAGGGGGGUGCCAUGGGUGUGUGCACCGGCUCACAAGCAUGUGAGGGAAAGCCCUCUGAGCUCGGUUGCCAUCUUCCAACAGAGCCAUGCAGGGCUGUUCAACUUGUGCAUCGUGCUGCUGGUGGCGGUGAACAGCCGCCUCAUCAUUGAGAACCUCAUGAAGUAUGGCAUCCUGGCGCGCUCUAGCUUCUGGCUCUCCAGCAGCUCGCUGCGUGAAUGGCCUCUGCUCAUGUGUGGGCUGAGUCUGGCAGCGUUUCCGCUAAUGGCGCUCUGCAUUGAGAAGCUGCGCGCACACGGCUACAUCACUGAACAGGUUACGGCAUUGUUGCAUGUUGUCAACAUUGCAGGAGAGUUUUUCUACCCAGCUAUCGUCAUCAACAGGGUGCAUUCUCAGCCGCUGGGCGGCUUUUUGCUAAUAUUUGUGGCGGUGACUGUGUUCAUGAAGCUCAUCUCGUACGCGCACACGCUGCAUGAUGUGCGCAUGAAGCUGUCUGAAGGCCACCAGCUGGUGCCUGCAGCAGGGGCGCCAGUGGUGCAGUACCCUCUGAACCUCACAGUGGGCAACCUCUGCUACUUCAUGGCUGCGCCCACCCUCUGCUACCAGCUGGGGUAUCCUCGAGCACCGCAUGUGCGCAAGGGGUGGCUGCUGCAGCAGGUGGUGAAGCUACUGACUUUCACAGGGCUCGUGCUCUUCAUCAUUGAACAGUACAUCAACCCCAUUAUCAAGAACAGCCAGCACCCCCUCAAGGGCCACUCUCUCUACAGCAUAGAGCGCGUCUUGAAGCUCUCCAUUCCCACCCUCUACGUGUGGCUCGGCAUAUUCUUCUGCUUCUUCCACCUCUGGUUGAACAUCCUGGGCGAGUUGCUGUGCUUUGGGGACAGGGAGUUCUACCGCGACUGGUGGAACGCCAAGACCAUAGAGGAGUACUGGAAGCUUUGGAACAUGCCUGUGCACCGGUGGAUGGUGCGCCACAUCUACUUUCCCUGCCUCUCCAUCGGCCUCACCAAGCCACUCGCAGUGUUCGUGGUGUUCUUCCUCUCAGCUGUCUUCCACGAGGUGCUGAUUGGAAUUCCCUGCCACAUGUUUCGCCUCUGGGCCUUCCUUGGCAUGAUUUUCCAGAUUCCCUUGGUCUGGAUCACCAACUAUCUUUACCAAAAGUUUCAAAAUCCAAUGGUGGGCAACAUGCUCUUCUGGUUCUUCUUCUGCAUUGUGGGCCAGCCCGCAUGUGUGCUGCUGUACUACCAUGAUGUGCAAGCAGCGGGAGGCGCGGCGGAGGGAGUGGAGGAGGCGGGCGGUUUGAGUCGAGACGACACGCGUGUUCAGCGAGGUGGUUGGCGGGCGAAAAGAGCGGAAGCUGGUAGAUCCCCGGUGUGCGCGGCGAUGGCGAUGGGAGACGUGGAGUUGGUGUCGCGGUCGUUGCAGUUGGAGCAGAAGCUCUUCCAUCUCGACCUCAAGGACAACCCGCGCGGCCGCUACCUCAAGAUCAGCGAGCGCACGGCGCUGAACCGGUCGACGAUCCUGGUGCCGGUGGCGGGCGUGGUGUGGUUCGUGGAUCUGUUCAAUUACUACGCCAACGGCGGCGAGCAGGGCCAGCUCAACAGCAAGGAGCUGCAGCUCGACUCCAAGGUGUUCUACUUCGACGUGGGAGAGAACCCCCGGGGUCGAUUCCUCAAGGUGUCGGAGGCCAGUCGCAUGCAUGGGCGCAGCACCAUCAUAGUGCCUGCCACCACGGGGACCACCCCCGGCGCCACUGAUGAUGGCUGGGCCGCCUUCCGCAAUGCGCUGGUGGAAAUCCAUGAGGCCUCCCUUACCCUGCCGGGCGCCGCACCUGGUGUGGCAGCAGCAACGACCGCAGGCUAUGAUGCCGGGGCAGCAACGGCAGGGGGCACUCAGGGGGGUUUGGCAGGCGUGGGCUCUUCAGCAGGGGGUGAGGUGGGAGCGGCAGGUGCGACAGCAUCGCGUGUGAUAGUGGUCGACCAGAAGCGCUUCUUCCUGGACCUGGGCUCCAACCCGCGCGGCCACUUCCUCAAGAUGUCUGAGGUGCUUGGUGUAGAUCGCUCUUCCAUCAUCAUCCCAGCGUCUGCAGUGGCGCAAGUGCAUGACGCCAUCGGCCAGCUCAUAGGCGAGCUCCAAGCGCACGGAGGGUACUCCUCGCAGCCUGCUGGCCCUGUCUCGUCGCUCUCGCUUCCCCGUCACCCGCGCUUCCCGUCGUCGCUCUCGCUUCCCCGUCACCCACGCUUCCCCUCGUCAACGGCGCUUUCCCUCAUUCUCUCCGCUAGUCACCCAAGCUUCUUCUCAUCUCUCUCUCUUCUCCUCAACGUCCUCGUUUCCCUCAUCGCCAUAACACCCUCGCUUCUCCCCGUCGCCCUUGCCUCCCCACAUACCCGCCUCCAUCUCCCCCACCAUACACCCGCCUUCCUCCACAGAAUGCCCUCAGUGGGAGGGACAGAGGGGGAUGGCCCUCGUCACGCCCGCUUCUCCUCGUCACAUGUUUCUCCCCUCGUCAUGCGCUCUUCCCCUCGUCAUUUCUCUUUUCCUCACUCUCUUCCACACUCUCUCCAUAUCUCCCUCUCCCAUUCUCUGACUGUCCCGCCCUCUCCCGCUCUAUAUCUUCCUCCCUCUCUUGCUCAAUCCUAUUCUCUCUCUCUCCCUCUCUCCCUCUUCGGGCCUCAUUUAUUGGGAGGGACAGAAGAGGGGGUUCAGAUGGGGGAGUGUCAGCUUCCCCCCUCCCUGCGCCCUGCUUCCCCCCUCCUUCUGCCCUGCUUCCCCCCUCCCUCCACCCUGCUUCCCCCCUCCCUCCACCCUGCUUCCCCCCUCCCUCCACCCUGCUUCCCCCCUCCCUCCGCCUGCUUCCCCCCUCACUCCUUCCUUCUCCCCUCCCACCUCCCUGCUUCCCCCCUCCUUCCUCCCCGCUUCCCCCCUCCCUCCUCCCUGCUUCCCCCCUCCCACCGCCCUGCUUCCCCCCUCCCUCUGCCCAGCUUCCCCCCUCCCUAUGCCCUGCUUCCCCCCUCCUUCCGCCCUGCUUCCCCCCUCCCUCCUCCCUGCUUUCCCCCUCCCACCGCCCUGCUUCCCCCCUCCCUAUGCCCUGCUUCCCCCCUCCCUCCGUUAAGCUUCCCCCCUCCCUUCGCCCUGCUUCCCCCCUCACUCUGCCCUGCUUCCCCCCUCCCUCUGCCCUGCUUCCCCCCUCCCUCUGCCAGGCUUCCCCCCUCCCUGCACCCUGCUUCCCCCCUCCCUCUGCCCUGCUUCCCCCUCCCUAUGCCCUGCUUCCCCCCUCCCUUCGCCAAGCUUCCCCCCUCCCUUCGCCCUGCUUCCCCCCUCCCUCCACCCUGCUUCCCCCCUCCCUCCACCCUGCUUCCCCCCUCCCUCCGCCUGCUUCCCCCUCCCUCCUCUUUACUUCUCCCCUCCCACCUCCCUGCUUCCCCCCUCCUUCCUCCCCGCUUCCCCCCUCCCUCCUCCCUGCUUCCCCCCUCCCACCGCCCUGCUUCCCCCCUCCCUAUGCCCUGCUUCCCCCCUCCCUCUGCCCUGCUUCCCCCCUCCCUCCGCCAAGCUUCCCCCCUCCCUUCACCCUGCUUCCCCCCUCCCUUCGCCAGGCUUCUCCCCAUCCCCUUCCUUGCUUCCCCCCAUCCCGCUCCCUGCUUCCUCCCAUCCCCUUCCUUGCUUCCCCCCAUCCCGCUCCCUGCUUCUCCCCAUCCCCUUCCCUGCUUCCCCCCAUCCCCUUCCCUGCUUCUCCCCAUCCCCUUCCCUGCUUCCCCCCAUCCCCUUCCCUGCUUCCCCCCAUCCCGCUCCCUGCUUCCCCCCAUCCCGCUCCCUGCUUCCCCCUAUCCCGCUCCUUGCUUCCCCCCAUCCCCUUCCCUGCUUCCCCCCAUCCCCUUCCCUUCUCUACACGGCCACCGAAGCACCGCAUCCAGCAGAUCUUCGAGUGGAUCUGCCCUGAGGCUUGCUGGCGGAGCUGUGAGGCAGCCUCCUCCCGAAACUGUCUUCAGCCUCCCUUGCUGCCCAGCAGGAUGCCGCGGAGCAUUGAUGCGGGAGGGGGCAGACCAUGCUGGCAGAAAUGAUGGCGGCAACGCACGUCAGGUCUGCGCUGCUGUGGGCCGGGGGAGUGCAGAGUGGUGCAGAGACCAGCACGGCAUGUCGAUAUGUGGUCGGCCGAGAUCCUCAUGA